AAAAAGGACGUUUAUUAUCGCAGCGGGAAAAAUGACGACGGAUCCAAACCGGAAGAGGAAAGCUCCUGUCGGAGAUCUGAAAGAAGAACUGGAAAUAGAUCAAGAUGAGACGUGGGGCGUGUUCUCAUUCCAGAUGCCAGUUACUUCUGACGAGGAGAUACCAGGAAAUGAGUAUGAAGAGGAUGAGGAGGAUGAGGAGGGUCAGGAAAGGAGUCCAGGCGGGCGUCAGUCCCGGUCCAGAAGCAGAAGUCCUAUCACCACUGCUGCUGUUGCUGCUGUAAACGCAUCCCAAACCCCAGACGCCUGGAAGACGGAGGAGGAUCUUGAUCUAGGGAGUCCUCCCCCUCUAAGAUUUCAUCCUAAGCGGACGCCGGGCGUCCAGCCCCCCCUCACCACAGGCAAGCAAUCACCUGGAGAUAUUUUCAGACAGUUUUUUGACGCAACGGUGCUGAAAGUAUUGUGUGAAAACACAAAUAACUUUGUACAAAAGAAAAAGGAGACAGGAAAGCCGUUUCCCUGGAAGGAUCUCACAUCUCCGGAGCUAACCAAAUAUCUGGGACUGUUGCUCUACAUGUCUGUUUGCAACUUCCCCAGAAUAACAGAUUACUGGAGGAAAAACGGCAUUUUUCACGUGUCCUACCCCGCCGCAGUGAUGCCAAGAGACAGGUUUUUGGCCAUCAGCGCCCAGCUGCACUUCAGCGACCCUGAUGUAGAUGCUGCCAAUGAGCAGAGAAUGGGAACAGAGGACCAUGACCCGCUGCAGAGGGUCCGAUGUCUCCUGGAGAUGAUCAGCAGUCGCUGUAAAGCCGCCUAUCAUCCCAGACAGCACAUCUCUGUGGGUGAGAGGAUGUUGGCAACCAAGGGGAGGCUCCAGAUAAAAGAACACGAAGACACCGACAAGCCGGCGAAGUCUGGACUGAAUUUCUUUGUGCUGGCAGAUGUAAAUGGUUACACCAUCGAUUACAUGCUCCACUCAGGAGAAAACCAGAGGUCGUCAGGAAAGGACCUGGCUUUUGACGUGGUGGCUGAACUGGUCAACAAGGAGUAUUUGGGGAGGGGCUACAUUGUGUACUGCGACAGCUUCUACACCAGCCCCGCCCUCUUUCGCCAUCUGAUCCAGCAGGGCUUUGGUGCUUGUGGGAUGUACAGACAGAGCAGAACUGGUGUCCCAACAACCAAACAAAACACUCUGAAUAAAAAGUCCAAGCGGGGCUCCAUCCGGUGGAUCAGGGAUGGUGACCUGCUGUACGUCAAGUGGAUGGACACCAGAGAGAUCUCCCUGUGCACCACAGUCCAUCCAGUGUACGGAGGGGAGAGCAUCCUGCGAUGGCAAAGAACAGAGGAUGGCUGCAGUCAGAGGGUCCCCCUCCCCAGGCCCACCGCAGUGACUGAGUUCAAUAAGUACAUGGGAGGGGUGGAUACCUCUGGACAGAUGUUAAGCACCAACUCGGUCCAGAGGAAAACCAGGAGAUGGGACGUGACGGUCUUCCAGCACCUGCUGGACAUAGCGGUCACCAACAGCUACAUCAUUCACAAGGAGCUCUGCCUGACGCUGGAGCAGAAGCCGCUGUCACGCCAGGAUUUCCAGGAGCAGCUGUGCGCAGAGCUGCUCGACGUCCCGCUCGCCCAGCCAGCGCAGACCACCGGUCAGGGCCAUUUUCCUUGCCCCACCAGCAGAGGGCGGGACAUUGAAACUGGCCAGAGAGCGAGCAAGGGGAGGAAGCAGUGUGUUUUCUGCAAAAGAAGCACCCCCUGGAUGUGUGAGAAAUGUGGGGUUGGGUUGUGCCUCCAGGUACACAGAAACUGCUUCAAAAUUUACCACACGUGAUAGAAAAAAAACUUCACUUUUAUUGCUUCUCUUUAUAAGAGGCCAUAACAUGAUUUCCUUCAGCAUUUCAGAGUAAAUUAUGUCCAUAUAUAAGAUCAUAUAGUACCUUCGGAACACUAAAAAGCAAAUUAUUUAUGAAAUAUUAGUCAUUUUUGUGGACUGUUUAAAUACCGAGUAAACGACUCGAUCUCUGAGGCUCCGCCUUUCGCUCCUUGUUUGUCCCGCCCAUUUCACAACGUCAUCCUUGAGCCUGCCCAUAGAACGUCAAUGAGCCUCCUCAGCGUGACCAAACUUUAUAAACAAAACCGCGUGACUAAAGAUCUCUUCAGUCAUUGGCCAGCAGCUAUGGGGGUGGGUCAAAACAGAAGAGAAAGAUGGAUGCGCUGCGGUCUGCAAAUGCUUGCCAGGAUUUACCCUUAUUCAAACUUUGUAUUUUGCUGACACAUUUUGGAUUGUGUUCAUUGUAGUCUGGGGGAGGAGCUGUCAGAGCAGAUUCUUCUUGGAGAAAAUACCGUUUUGGGGUUCUUUAUAGAGAGGAAUGAACAGUAAAAUGUAUUUAAAACCUCAAAUGUAGAAUUUUCAUGGUAGGGCCCCUUUAAGA